CGCUCAUAUCGGAGCUAUAAAUGGAAGUCCCGAUAGAGAAUUUUCAAAGCAAAGUCGCGGAGGAGAGGAUUCCUUUGAAGCUAUUUGGACGCCCAAACGCGCUAACCAACGACGAACAUAUCAGGAGUUCUUAUUUGAGCAAGGAAGGGAAUUUUAUCAAGGAAUGGGGGAUCACUUGGUUUUGUAUGUUGAUCGCCUCAUGACACCUGCGGCUUUACACUCCACGGUAGGAGGUGAAGCUCCGGGACCUUCCGGAGAAGGCCCUAGUGCCCAAAUUGCAGUUUCAUCCGGUUUUUCCAGUGAAGAUAACAAAGUUGAGGAACAUGAGGUCUCUGGUGAGGAGGAACCUCUUCUUCAGACCAUCGAAUGCCGCAUUUGUCAAGAGGAGGACCACAUCAACAACCUGGAAGCGCCUUGUGCUUGUAGUGGCAGUUUGAAGUAUGCUCACAGGAAGUGUGUUCAGCGAUGGUGCAAUGAGAAAGGGGAUAUAACUUGUGAGAUCUGCCAUCAGCCUUAUCAACCGGAUUAUACUGCACCACCGCCUCCACCACAGUCUGAAGAUACCACAAUUAAUAUCAGUGGUUGGACAAUCUCUGGUGCCCCUGUGGAUUUGCAUGAUCCUCGACUCUUGGCAAUGGCAGCAGCUGAACGCCAUUUUCUGGAAGCUGAAUAUGAUGAAUAUGCUGCUACAAAUGCUAGUGGGGCUGCAUUUUGCCGCUCGGCUGCUCUAAUUUUAAUGGCACUUUUGCUCUUGAGGCAUGCAUUAUCUAUCACCAAUGGGGAUGGGGAUGAGGAUGAUGCCUCCACCUUCUUCUCUCUUUUCCUGCUCCGUGCUGCUGGGUUUCUUUUGCCAUGUUACAUUAUGGCCUGGGCCAUCAGUAUUUUGCAGCGCCGAAGACAAAGACAGGAAGCUGCAGCUCUUGCAGCAACAGAGGUCGCAUUUGUACUGCAGUCGGGGCAACGUAGAGGUUUACAGUUCACCAUAGCGCCAGGACCUGCAGUGACUCCUCAUCAGGAACCACUGCAAUAGUAGGGACAUUUGAAUGUUAAAAAGAGGGAUAUUCGUUUACUGAUGAACUAGUAUGGAAGAGGCGAGAGAGGUUCAUCAAUUCUCAUUUGUAAUUUCUACACCUUUUACUCAGCUUUGUUGUUGUAUAAACAAUUAGCUUUUUGCUAUUUUCUCAAUAGAUAUAUGUACAUAAACUUGUGAUUUUCGCAGCAACAGCGAGCUUCCCGUGAAACUGAUGAUCUGCGGGAAAUGUUUCCCUGACAAAUGAGAAUUGAGAAAUAAUCAUGGCCAUGGGGCUAUUUAUGAAUCAUCCGCUCCAACCGGACCCACCCGGAACACAGUUGUAAUUAAUUAUUCAUUUUUCAAUUUUAUUUGCUUGCAUGAUCCGAUAUUGUUGGUC